AAUUUGUAGUGAAAACUGACAUUAUUUAAGCAGAUUCAAUUUUCGUGUUUGCGCAUUUGUCUGUUGUUAGAAAAGCUUCAGCAUCAUGGAAAACAAUACUGACAGGAAUAGUUAUUCUGAUAUUGUCCUUAGUAGAACAAUUCUCAUCAUGAUUGAGACUGUGAUUGGAGUCAUUGGAAACUCUGCCAUCAUAUUUUUCUACUUCUUUCGGAUUAAGGAGAGAGGCGAGCGAUACUUUAUACCCCUGCUUGGUAUAGUGGAUCUUUUAGGGUGCUUAACCUCCAUACGUUACUUUAUCUUUGAUUAUGUAAACAUCGACCAAAAUACUGUUUAUUGUAAAUUUUUUUCGUUUAUACGGGUAUGUAUUGGAGGAAUAUCAGCACAUACAAUCCUUGUUAUUUCGAUUCAAAGGUAUUAUGUAGUCUGUAAGCCAUUUGAACCGAAAAUGACACGUUUUUGGAAACGCGUUUUAUUUGGAGUUGUUUGCUUCAUUUCUAUAGUGUAUUCCGCCCCACUGUUGGCUACUGCCGGACCCUUUCCAGUAAAUAAUACCUAUACGAACCACAGUUUGACAACGAAAGUGUGCGAAUUUUCUGACAAACGGUCAAUUUCGAGUCGUUUGUAUCCUUACCUUUUGUCUCUGAUAAUUGCACUAAAUCUUAUCAUUACAAUUGGUAUGUAUGUUCCCGUCUUGAAGCAGGUUGAAAACCUUUUCAGUUCCAGAACAGUCACGAAUAGUAAACCAACAUAUGAGACAGAAACGUCACACGUAUCGUGUAAACUGAAUAUGGAAAUUGAUGAAACCGGGAUACCAAGCAACUCAAAUAAAGAACAGGGGGCGGCAAUAACAGUUAGAAUACCAAACGCUCACAAAAACGUAAUGUUUGAAGCGUCUGAUGUAUCUGACGAUCAAGCAGACACUAUAGAAGUCCAAAAAGAUGUUGAAGACCGCAUGAGAAACAAUGUUGCUGAUACUGUGACAGGUAACCAAAAAGCUGCAAAAAACAAUAAAAAGCCAAGGUCUAAAGUUACUCCAGGGCAGAAACGAGUUACGAAAAUGUUUUUUUAUCUCAUCGUGGCUUAUGUGUUGUCGUACACACCCCCGCUUAUCAUUUGGAUUAUAUAUUUUACAGUUGGUGACAUUUAUUCAUCGUUUACAAAAACGGAGAUAGCUGGUUUAUUCUUACUGGGUCAACUAAUUCCUCUGAAUCACGUCGUCAAUCCUCUCAUUUAUGGAUAUUUUGACACAGAAUUCAAGGAAGAGCUCCGCAAAUUUGUGUCAAAGACAAAAGAACAAAUAGCAAUCCCUAGAAAAUUUCACAUAAAGAGUCCUUUUUAACAUGUACAAAAAGUUAUUUUAUUAAUAUUUGAAAUGAUUGGAAAAGUACCAGAUAUUUGAUUUCUUUUUUUAAAUCCCUUCUUAUGUAUUGUGUGAUAUGCAAUCUAGCAUCGAAGCAUAUAAUUAGAUUACUAUUUAUUCCUAGCAAUAAGUUUGGACGGACUUUUAUAUGAUAGUUUUGACAUGUACAUGGAAUUGUUUUGCUAAAUUGUAUGUCUAUUGCUUGCUACUUGUUUACUUGCUAUUUCAAUGAAACAAAUGGUAGAACUUAACAUUGUAGUAUAUGAAAUAUGUUCGUAAAAAAAUAAG